GCGGCGUCCGGGUGGCGCUCGCCACUCGGGCGGGCGGUGGCGCGGGAGCCCAGGGCCGGUGCUGAGGGCACCCGGAGGCGCGGCUCCGGAGCUAGGGAGACGGCUGGGGUUGGGGCAGCGAUCACGCUGGGCUGCCGUGCCUUGGACUCGUGCGGCGGCUGCGGGGCGCGCGGCCCAUCGCCAUGUACACCUUCGUGGUGCGCGAUGAGAAUAGCAGCGUCUACGCCGAGGUCUCCCGGCUGCUGCUGGCCACCGGCCACUGGAAGAGGCUGCGGCGGGACAACCCCAGGUUCAACUUGAUGCUGGGCGAGAGGAACCGACUGCCCUUCGGGAGACUGGGUCACGAGCCCGGGCUGGCACAGCUGGUGAAUUACUACAGGGGGGCGGACAAACUGUGCCGAAAAGCUUCCUUAGUGAAGCUAGUCAAGACCAGUCCCGAGCUGUCUGAGUCCUGCACAUGGUUCCCUGAGUCCUAUGUGAUUUAUCCAACUAACCUCAAGACACCGGUCGCUCCCGCGCAGAAUGGCAUCCAGCUUCCGGUCAGUAACACCAGGACGGAUGAGAGAGAAUUCUUCCUGGCUUCUUAUAACAGAAAGAAAGAGGAUGGGGAAGGCAAUGUUUGGAUUGCAAAGUCAUCAGCUGGUGCCAAGGGUGAAGGCAUCCUCAUCUCCUCCGAGGCCACGGAGCUUCUGGAUUUCAUAGACAACCAAGGUCAAGUGCACGUGAUCCAGAAAUACCUCGAGCGCCCUCUGCUCCUUGAGCCUGGUCACCGCAAGUUUGACAUUCGAAGCUGGGUCCUGGUUGACCAUCAGUACAACAUCUACCUCUAUAGAGAGGGCGUGCUGCGCACGGCUUCAGAACCUUAUCACGUCGACAAUUUCCAAGAUAAGACCUGCCAUCUGACCAAUCAUUGCAUCCAGAAAGAGUUCUCCAAGAACUACGGCAAAUACGAAGAAGGCAAUGAAAUGUUCUUUGAGGAGUUCAACCAGUACCUCAGCAGCGCUCUGAACACCACCUUAGAAAGCAGCAUUUUGCCGCAGAUCAAACACAUCAUAAGGAGCUGCCUCCUGAGUGUGGAGCCGGCCAUCAGCACCAGGCACCUCCCUUACCAGAGCUUCCAGCUCUUUGGCUUCGACUUCAUGGUGGACGAGGAGCUGAAGGUCUGGCUCAUCGAGGUCAACGGUGCCCCUGCGUGUGCUCAGAAGCUCUAUGCAGAACUGUGCCAGGGAAUCGUGGACAUAGCCAUAUCCAGCGUCUUCCCACCCCCGGACACGGAGCAGGUGCCACAGCCGGCUGCGUUCAUCAAGCUGUGAAGGACCGGGAGGUACAGAGCCGCCUUGGGAAAUGUGUGGAAUCCUGCUCCGGAGGACCGUGAGCUGACCGGACUGCUCCUUAUCAAGGCAUGCUGGGGAACGGAUGUGCAGAAGAGCGCGUGAAGGGAAGGCAGCUGCAGGAGAGCAGGUGGCGCUGCGGAGACCUUAGGAAGCUGAAGGAGUCACUGAGAGGGAGAACCGAACGCUUUUCCAAAGGGCAGGAACCAGGGAUUUGGUUGUGGUGUGAUCUCAGCCUUUGAACAGUCUCUGGCCUUGGGUGGUACAGGGAGCAGAGCUCUCUCCUCCUCAGGGUGCAGCCCAGAGACCUCUGAGUGGUGUCCGCCCCACCUGCUGCAGCUUUAGUGCCUUAGCGCUGUGUCCAGUGCAGCCUCAUUGGACACAGACUGGACCUUAAAGCAUGAGGUUGCCACAUGCUCCCUGCACAUCCCCUCUUCGACACUAUGUCCCACCAAACUCUGGACGAGCAUGCAGCAUAGUCCAUGCUGUGCACUGGCCCAUCAGUGAUGGCCUCUUGCUUGUCACCUUCCUGGUGGCCUGUGAGUGAGCACCUGUCAGGGGUCCUGUGGGCACCAAACAGUAUAUUUUGCUCACUGCAUGUUUUAGAAACAAAAAGCACCAGGCCUGAUGAAUCUGCAAGCAUCAAUAAGCAUGAGAGAGAAAGAGAGAAAAAAACAAAUCAUGAUAUCUUACUUUACUUCACGGUGUGGGUGGGCGGGAGUCCCUGAAGUACCAUGAGCCUCAGUUAUCUUUGAUUUAUCGGAAUUCUGAACGCAGCUUUGCAAUUUCUCUUUCUGUCACCCCCUCCCCACCUUUGAACCGUUGUAACAAUCCUCUCUGGGAGUCAGGGAAGGUAGAAUUCCAUUCCCUAUCCUCCUCACCUUGUAGCUCUCUCCCCAUAUCUGUCCUCCUCGGCUCCAAGGGCCUGGAGGCCCAGGUCCAUUCCAGAAAGAGCCCUGUCUGUUUAAGCAUGUAGGUAACAGGGGAGAUGCCCUCUGAAUUGAGGGUGUGUCCUGCCUGGGUGAGAAAGAAGUUUUUUGGAGCUGUUCAUAGUUUCCCGUGUCAACAGAAGUGUACCAUGAGAUGGGUUUCCAUAUCACACAUCUAUCUUACAGGCUCCUCGGGAGCCCACUCCGAAUCAAGGGAAGAUGUCACGCGUGUUCAGUAUGAGCUGAGUCGAUAGGCUCUCUCUCACUGUCCUGGAAACCACAGCAGGCAGCAGAAGCUCCCUUCUUCCCGGAGCGGCGUGUGUUUCUUCUGGUGUGUGCUGCUUCGUGUGCAUCUCCUUGGUGUGCUCUGCAGUCAGGCGAGACUUGUGCAAAAGAGCUGGAGAAAGUGUCUCUUCCUCAGAUAGAGUGAGAGGUGGGACUUACAGUGAGGAAAGGGACGAUGAGAUUAUUAAUUACAUGUAUCCUUGCAUGGCACAACGCCUUAUGCGGAAGUAGAGAAAGUCCCAGCUCAUGAGAACCUGGGAUUAGAGGGUCAAGAGAUGCCAUGGUUGCCUAGAAUAUGGUUAAAGUUGGCACCCAGAGCGAAGUAAAACAUUUGCUAUUAAGACAGUUCUUGCGGCCCAGCACAGCUGAUGGGUUAGCGCUGAGGAACUUCUGAGAAGGCAGAGAGGUUAGCCAUGUAUGGGGAAGAUACAUUCUCACUGGGAGAGUAGAGGGUGCUGGGCCCUUGGCUAGUCCAGGUGGGCCAGCGAUGGAGAAAGCAAGGUGGUCUGUGUAUGUUCUUAGACCCAAAUCACAGGGUCAUUUAAAGUGUUUACCUGUUAUGGGGACAGAGUUGGCAAAGCAGAUGUCAUUGAGUCCUUAUGAGCCCUGACAGGUUUUGUCAGAAACCUGAACAAAUCCGUAACAUCUGUAUAAGGGGAAAUGGGAAGGGUUGAGUCCAUCCCUCACAUAGCUUCAACUAUUUAUGCAUUCACUUCCCACCGAGUAGGAAGGUUGGCUCUGAACUGUUUUGUGCCAUUCCAUGGUGUCAUUGGCACAGACAGUCAUGUCUAGCUCCCUGGUAAGUCUUCAUGGUUAGUUGGUGUAAGUGCCCAUUGCUGGGGGAGGGGGUUAUUUAUUUGGAGAUAUUGAUUCCACUCUUGGCUCUGUCAUCUGACUGCACAAUGUCACACGAGCCAAAUAACCUCGCUGUGCCUUAGCUUCUUAUCUCAUGGAGGAGACAUCCCCUGGCCCAGGGACAACCUCAAGGGCCUUUGGUCCAAGGUUCUCAGUGCCGACUACACGCUAUAGAUUCCCAUGGAGUUCAAAAGUCGAUGACCCUUCCCACCUGUGGCUGACUGAAUGAGAACCUCGGGGAACACUAUGUCUUGAGGUGCCUUGAACCAUUCUUUGGGAAGCAGAAGAAACACAUUAUUACCUUGGAAGAAUUACUUAAGGAUGAAGGCUCAAAAAAAAAAAAUACUCUGAAGCAAACAAUUCUGUUAGAACAACCAAAUAUUGACAUAAAUAUUUGCAGUGUAAGGUAUUGGCCAAGCAGUUUCUCAGUUUGCUUCUCAUCCAGGCAUCUGGAAAAUCAAACAGGCUUUCGUUUAUACAAGCAGUUUAUUAAGUCCUCAAUAGCAAACGUAAACAGACACGAACCAAUAAAUCUAAUGCUAUGUAUCAGAGUUAUUCAUUAAUUAUGGGAGAAAAGCCCCUCCCCUCACACUUGACUUCAACGGCAAUUAUAAAGUCCAUUUUGCCAAGAAUAUCUAAGUGCCUCUGUUGUGAGAUAGAGUGGAGCAGGAGCUGGCGUGCACACCAGCUGAUGGUGAGCAUCUAUAGCUCUUUGGAAUGGCACUCGCAUGCACGGGACAUUGGGGAGCGCUGGAAACGGCUGGGAUCCACGGAUCCACAGUGUCAACGAUGCUAUAAAGUGUUUUAUGAGCA